AUUCCCCUCUUACACCAUUUUUAAUAGCCUAAGUGUCUUGUUUUUGUGGUUUUUGAGAGUAUUUCUGGAGUAGGAUUCUAUUAUUUUUUGAUUUCUCACAAGGCUGUUAGUGCAUGCCCUUUCACUGGUAGCUGGCCAGAGCUUGAUGGUGAUAUUUAGACCAGGGGCUACGGUGAUAUUUAGACAAGCGCCUACGGUGAUAUUUGGACCAGGGGCUACAGUGAUAUUUGGACCAGCGCCUACGGUGAUAUUUGGACCAGCGCCUACGGUGAUAUUUGGACCAGCGCCUACGGUGAUAUUUGGACCAGCGCCUACGGUGAUAUUUGGACCAGCGCCUACGGUGAUAUUUGGACCAGCGCCUACGGUGAUAUUUAGAUGAAGUUUGGGGAGAGGCCUCAACCACAGCGUCUAACAAGAGAAGCAAUGCGGAAUUACCUGAAGGAGCGAGGAGACCAAACCGUUCUCAUCCUGCACGCGAAGGUUGCACAGAAAUCAUAUGGCAAUGAAAAAAGGUUCUUCUGUCCUCCACCCUGUGUGUACCUGAUGGGCUCGGGCUGGAAGAAAAAGAAGGAGCAGAUGGAGAGAGACGGCUGCUCGGAGCAGGAGGCCCAGCCCUGUGCCUUCAUAGGGAUAGGAAACUCUGACCAGGAGAUGCAGCAACUCAACCUGGAGGGGAAGAACUAUUGCACGGCCAAAACCUUGUACAUCUCCGACUCUGACAAGAGGAAGCACUUCAUGCUGUCCGUCAAGAUGUUCUAUGGCAACAGCGCGGACAUCGGCGUCUUCCUCAGCAAGAGGAUCAAAGUCAUCUCCAAGCCCUCCAAAAAGAAACAGUCCUUGAAGAAUGCAGACCCAGUGUGUAUUGCAUCGGGCACCAAAGUGGCCCUGUUCAACCGGUUACGGUCCCAGACGGUCAGCACGCGCUACCUACACGUGGAGGGGGGGAACUUCCACGCCAGCUCACAGCAGUGGGGCGCCUUCUACAUCCAUCUGCUGGACGACGAGGAGUCAGAAGGAGAGGAGUUCACUGUGAGGGACGGAUACAUCCACUACGGACAGACGGUCAAGCUGGUGUGCUCUGUCACCGGCAUGGCCCUGCCACGACUGAUCAUCCGUAAGGUGGACAAGCAGACUGCUCUGUUGGACGCAGACGACCCAGUCUCCCAGCUCCACAAGUGUGCCUUCUUCCUGAAGGACACAGAGCGAAUGUACCUGUGCCUUUCCCAGGAGAGGAUUAUACAGUUCCAGGCCACCCCGUGCCCUAAGGAACCCAACAAGGAGAUGAUAAAUGACGGGGCGUCUUGGACCAUCAUCAGCACGGACAAGGCUGAGUACACCUUCUACGAGGGCAUGGGCCCCAUUCACUCUCCCGUCACCCCGGUGCCUGUGGUCGAGAGCUUACAGCUAAAUGGCGGCGGAGACGUGGCAAUGCUGGAGCUGACAGGGCAGAACUUCACGCCGAACCUCCGGGUCUGGUUCGGAGAGGUCGAGGCCGAGACCAUGUACAGGUGUGCCGAGAGCAUGCUCUGCGUGGUCCCGGACAUCUCCGCCUUCCGCGAGGGCUGGCGCUGGGUGCGCCAGCCCGUCCAGGUUCCGGUGACUCUGGUGCGAAACGACGGCAUCAUCUACUCCACAACGCUCACCUUCACCUACACGCCGGAGCCCGGGCCGCGGCCGCACUGCAACGCCGCCGGUGCCAUCCUGCGCGCAGGCAACGACCGGAUCCUGGCGGCGAGCGGCGACGCCGGAAACAGCUACGGCACCAACAGCACGUCCAACGCGGGAGUAACGUCCUCUUCCGUGCCCGCGGCCUUGGUGUCCUAACACACACACACACAUACACACACACACACACGUGCGCGCUUAUACACACAAUAUGCAUCGAGAGCAAAACGUACCGUGAGGUAAAAAAAUAAAUACAAAGAAAAAGACUACGAGGUAAACUGACUCUCUGAAAGUGCUGCAUAUUGAUUUUUGGAUACAAACGACGAGGCCGAAAAUGGAAAGUCGGAAUUCGAAGGAAGGACCAACGUCGGAGGUUGUCAACCAACGGGGGGAAAAAAAUUCAAUGGAGGAACUCCUGUGAACUCCUUGUUACUUCCCUCAUGUGGUUUCUUAAAGGACUUUGCCGCCUGUCCCCGGUUCUGGAGAUCCUAUUGGCCCAGAGCGCCGACCAUGGCCGCCAGGAAACCUAGACCAUGACGAUCCUUCCGCCCCGUGUAUAGUACAUUUAACAGAAAAAGGUAUAUUUUUUGCGCUUUCUUCUUUUCUUCCUCCUUUUUUUUUUAUGCUGAGUUAGUUUCUCGAUGUGUUCAU